AUGUCUAUUUGUGAUGUCGAUUCUAGACAUGGAGCUCCUGGUGUUCUUUCCAUCCUUGGAGAUGGGGAUUUUCGAAAACUGAACGUCUGCUGUCGAAGAAUUACGCAAGCAAGUCGCUGCUGUAGAUCGCUCGAAGUCAUCGUCCAAGCUCAAUGGAUCCAGUGUUACGAAGAGCAAGUUCAGAAGCUUGUGGUAGAAGAUCCAGACCUAUCACUUACUAAGGGCCGCGCGAUCGUGCAAGCACAAGCAUGCAAAGAUUUCGGUUGGUCUUUGAAGGAGCUGCGGAACAAAAUGGCGAUAUGGCGCGGCUACGACUCGAUUCGAGAAGCUGGUGGCUGGGUUCCUCUGAUCUUCGCAGGCAUGGGUCUCUACCGCUUCUGCAAGUAUCGUCUGGGAUUCUGUCCACAGAACAUUGCGACACUCAAGAGACUUCGUUUACGAUUCGAGGUUGCUGCCGACACGAUCCAUCCGGAAUGGCGCCUCUUGCUCUCAAUCAUUGGGAAGCCGACAACUCGCGUCUAUCAUGGACAUCCCUGUGACUGGGUGGUCAGCAAAGAUAGUCCGCCCAUCCCUUUGGCAGAUACAUACUCCCAAUGGACGCCAGACUUUAAGUUCGAGCAUUUAGAGGACAGCACCAUUGAUGAGCAGGCGUGGGGUUUGAUAGAUCCGCGGACUGAAAACAGGCAUGUUCAAUGGACGUUACCGAGACAAUUCUCGUGCGAGAAAUGCGGAUCGACCCAGUCGAAUGAUGUUAGCACUAAUGAAUGCCUCUGCUUUCCGGCUUUGUUCGGAAGUGGCCUGCGGAAACCCUGCCCGGUACAAGUUUUCCGAACGGAGGACGGAAGGAACAAUGGUCUCCUUGCUUGCUGUCCGUUCGAGCGAGGUGCAGCCAUCGGCGAAUUCGUUGGCGUCAUUACGCAGGGCAUUCGACGCCUGGAUGUUAUGCAAUGCUCAGGGCCCGCUGCUACAUAUCAGAUUUGGCAGGGCCAUAAGGGGAACUAUACUCGCUUCAUCAAUCAUUCUUGCCAGCCGAACUCGCAGUAUGAGCGCUUUCCGUGGCUCGGUGUUGAGCGUCACGUACUCGUAUCUAAGGGUAUCCUCGCGGGCGACGAAAUCACGGUGGACUAUUCCAACGACUAUUGGAAUCAUUUGGACAAGGAGUGCUUGUGCGGUGAAACUAGUUGCCGAUUCAAGACGAGAAAUGGGCGAAUUCCAGGUGAACAGGGCCCAACUAGAUAA